AUGCUAAUUACCCGAUGCUUGCGCUUUUCUUCAUGCGCGAGAACAACAACCCAAGUGUCCCGUGCCCUUGACCAUCAAGCCUUUUCUCCCUUACCCUUCCGACCUGUCGCUGCGAGAUUCAGGUCCAGCCACCAUGUCGCCCAGUACAACGGCCCGGCUCCUAUCGUGGCCGUGGUCGGCUCCGGCCCAGCGGGCUUCUAUACCGCUCAGAAGUUGAUGCGAGAUAUCCCCGGCACCAAGGUCGACAUGUACGAACAGCUACCUGUGCCUUUCGGCCUGGUGCGGUUCGGCGUGGCGCCCGACCACCCGGAAGUCAAGAACUGUCAAGACACUUUCCAAGAGGUUGCCGCGUCCCCCGACUAUACUUUCAUCGGGAACGUCAAUCUCGGCCAUGACCUUCCUCUCCCAUUGCUCGCCAAACACUACGAUGCGAUCGUCUUUGCAUACGGCGCGUCCAAGGACCGCAGGUUGGGCUUGGAGGGCGAAGAGAAACCGCACAUCUACUCAGCGCGGGCUUUUGUGGGCUGGUACAACGGCCUCCCGGAAUACCGCGAUUUGGACCCAGAUCUGACGGCCGGCGAGACGGCCAUCGUGGUCGGGCAGGGAAACGUCGCAUUGGACGUGACUAGGACGCUCCUGAGCAAGGUCGACGUGCUAAGGAAGACGGACAUAACGGACUACGCCCUGCACGCCCUCUCGGGCAGCAAGAUCAAGCAUGUCCAUGUAGUGGGUCGGCGAGGGCCGAUGCAAGCAGCCUUCACCAUCAAAGAGGUGCGGGAGCUCCUUCAGCUGGAGGAUGUGAAUUUCACUCCGAUCCCGAACGAGCUGUUUCCUGCUGACCUGGCCAAACUACCUCGGCCAAGAAGGCGGCUUCUGGAGCUCCUGAAAAAGGGCAGUCCCGUCAAAGAGAAGGCGACCAAGUCUUGGUCUCUGGAUUUCCUACUCGCUCCGACAUUCCUCAAUUGGUCUGCGGCGGAUCCAGACCGACUGGAAGGGGUCACGUUCUCCAAGACCAGACUAGAGGAUCCAUCGUCGUCCGAGUCCCCAGUGGUGAAUACGGACGAGACGCAGGUGAUAGCUACAUCCAUAUUGUUCCGAUCGAUAGGAUACAAGGCCGAGGCCAUUCUAGGCAUGGCUGAGAUAGGCGCCGAAUUCGAUCAAGGGAAAGGCACCAUCCGUCACGAUGGGCUGGGUCGAGUGGUGCCGGUGAGUCAAUCGGCUACAGUCGGGAACGGAGACGGAAAUGGAAAGGUUGCUGUAUAUUGCUCUGGUUGGGUGAAACGUGGGCCUACCGGCGUGAUUGCCAGCACCAUGACCGACGCUUUCCAGACGGCGGAGGCGAUCGUCGAGGACUGGAAAAGAGCUUACGCCAGCAACUCGGGACCAGAGUCUCUUCGGGGUGGCUGGACAGGUGUCCAGGCCGAAGCGCAGGCCUUGAAGCUCCCACUCCGCCCUCUCCACUGGGACAAGUGGCAGAAGAUCGACGAGGCCGAGAAGGCUGAGGGAGCGAAACGAGGCAAGCCCAGAGAGAAGUUUGGGAAGGUAUCUGAGAUGCUGGAGGCUGCUGGUGUCACGGUUCAUCCAAACUGGUACACCACGACAGAAAAGGGACGAAGUAACUGA